UGAUCGCUUCAAAGUGCACAUAUUCUUGCUAUCCCAACGUCCUAAAAUAAUUGGACAAUAACACCGAGAUAUAGACACGAGAAUUUCAGCAUGGACAUUUUCAACACUACUGUCUCAACAGGCGCUAUGGUCAUUCAGUUCCUAAGCGCUUGUAGCGAAUUUUCAUCGGAUGCGAAGUCUCUUAAGGCUCGCUUUGAAUGGGACCUUAGAGCCUUGAAAGAGGCGCAGCAGUAUUUUUCGGAAGGGAAUUUUGGUAGCGAAAAGCAAUGUUUGCAGCCCGAGGACGAGGCCCUUUUAAGACGCACAUCGGAGUAUUUGAAUAAACUUGUGGAUAAAGUCUACAAAGGUCUCCAUAGGAUUGAAAGGCAGAAUUGGUUACAAAAUACCAUUAAUAUGACCACCUGGAUAGCGAGGCGAUCGCAGAUACAGGAAAUGGCGAGAGAAGUGCACGAGUGGACGGAGAGGUUGAAUCUGCGAGUUCUUGGUUUGCCUAAAGAAGUCAGAACCCCUAUCCCCACCGCAUAUUGCAAGAGAAGGGAUUUUAUACAGUCAACAGUCAUCAGCAGUGGUGAUAGACUGCAAGAAUUUCUAGCUCUUUCGUCGAGAGCCAAAUUAUCGCGGGCAAACGCGAUGCUGCUGAGGAAUCCGGAGGAGCUUGUCACACAAAUUCAAGCGAUUGGGGAUGUCUCUUACCUUCCACCCCAAAGUGGAAAUCAACAGAUAAUCUUCUGCUGUCGGAAAUUUUCAGCGAAGAGCACAUCCGAAUUUGACACGUUUAUGUCUGAGAUGGGAGAACUUGCUGCGGCAUUGAGCUGCCUCGACCCUGCCAUGGACGUUCGAAUCCUCAAAGUCAACUAUUACUUAUAUCACCCGGGCUCGAGUCAGUUCCUUUUUGCCCAAUUUCCGCCGUACCAUGUCGAUUGCAUCAUGACGCUUGAAGAGUUUAUCAAACACGACCCGUUUCCUAGCACAGAAACAACCUUAAACGACCGUUUCAAAGUCGCAUACAAGCUGGCUGAGGCAGUCUUUUUCCUACACACGGCGGGAUUUUGCCACAAAAAUAUUACAUCCCAUAGUGUCGUUAUUCUUCGACAAUUUGAAUCCAAAAGUGGUGCGAAAUGCCCUCCUGCGACGAUUGACGAGGCGUAUUUGAUGGGGUUUGAUCUUAUACGUGGGGUCGAUGCGAAAACCUAUAAAGACGGUACGCACAACUUAUACAAGAGCGGAUUACCAGAGAAUGUAUGGAACUUCGAUAUUUUUCAGCACCCAGCUCGACUUCAGGGGUAUAAUAGUCCGCGGUAUACCAAGGCACAUGACGUCUACAGCCUUGGCGUUGUAUUGCUGGAACUCGGUUUUUGGCAGCCACUCUCCUCGGUCGUUAAUCGAAUAGAUCGAACCAAUCCAUAUAGUUGGACCCAGGAGCUCCUCAGGAUUGCCCCCAAUACUCGCCGAGUAAUGGGAGGAAGAUACCACCGGAUUAUUGAAUGGUGCUUAGGCUUGCCGGGGGAUUGCAACAUUGAAAAUGUCGAUUUAAUGCAGGAAGUGUUAGACCCACUCGAGGAAAUAAUGAAUAUUUUAUCAUAACGAGAGGAGAAGGCAUUUCCCCCCGAGAAAGGAGCCUAGAUAGGCGGAUUUAUGGCGUACGGUGAGCUCUAUUUGGUUACCCCGCAUAGGGAGGUAAAGCACCUAUAAUACC